AUGUCGGCGCUUCCAGACAAGAUCGGCUCGCUACUGUUCUGCCCCAACUGCGGUUCGUUGCUCGACGUCCCCGGCGACGAGGAUUUCAUCAAGUGCGCUCCCUGCGGUGCCGUUCAGAAUGCAAAAGUGUACGACAACCUCUCCAUCGUCACCCGCUCUCACGCAUCAGCAUUCCCAUCAGCACUCCGACAGAAGCGUCAACUCGUCAACACAGCAGCUGCCCUCGGCGACGACCAGAAGCCACAGGAAGCCACCAUCAAGGAGAAAUGCCCCGGGUGCGGCAACGACGAGAUGAACUUCCACACCCUCCAGCUUCGCUCUGCAGACGAAGGCACAACCGUCUUCUACGACUGCCCCAAGUGCGGAUAUAAGUUCAGCCAGAACAACUGA